AUGGCGAGUAGCACGCCAACGUCGUGGCCUACAUCCGGAACCUCGGAGCAUCGAGGUUCCAAGACCAAACGAGGCCACAGGAAAUCACGGCUGGGUUGUCAGACCUGCAAGCACAGACGAAUCAAAUGUGGAGAAGAGAAACCUAUUUGCGCUCACUGUGAGAGACGAGGUGAAGAGUGCCACUACACUCUACCAUUGCAUACCAGGCACUAUACUUCGCCAGCGCCGUCACCGCAAGCAUCAGGAGCAGCACCAAAUCUCGGCUCAUUGGACUUGGAGCUUAUGCAUAAUUUCUGCACGUCGACUUACGCUACUCUCAGUAAUGACUCGGUGAUAAGGGAUCUCUGGCGCAUUCGGAUCGUCAGGCUUUGCCUUAACUGUGACUACGCCAUGCUGGCGGUCUUAUCCGUGUCAGCACUUCAUCUCAGCCACUUUUCGGUGGAGAGGAGAGAAUUUCUCCGUGAAAGAGCGAUAACGUACCAUAACCAGGCACUUAGCAUCGCAGCUGGGUUUAUCGACGCGUACAAUGAAAAGAAUGCCCAGCAUCUGUUUGCUUUUUCGAUUCUAACAAUCUAUUAUUCCUUCGCCCAAACUCCAGAGCACGACGAUGGACCGUAUCCUCCUUGGGUAGUCCUAAUAAAAGGCUGCACGAGCUUUAUGGAAUUGGCUCAGAGCACCCUCUUAGGUGGGCCUUUCUCAGCUCUUUUGCACAAGGCACGAAAACGUCUGGACCUGCGACUGCAGACCUUUAAAACAGACUACAUGCAGCAGUUGCGGCAGUUUGUAGAUGAGCGAGUUACAGAUCUAGAGCGGCGGGCCAUUUACCACGAUGCGAUCCAAGCAUUGAACCAGACAUACGGUGUUUUCCAUGAAGUUGAGGGCGAAAAUGAUUUAGUGGAUAUCUUUUCUUGGCUCGUAUUGGCAAAGGAUUUCCUCAAAUUUGUGGCAGAUGAAGAAGAGGAAGCUCUUGUGGUGCUGUCUUACUUUUGCGUCUUGUUGCACAAAUUGCCUGGUCAAUGGUGGUUGAAUGGUUGGGUUAACCAUAUCAUGACCAGGAUAUACUCGUCUGUGGGCGAGAUGUAUCUAACUUAUCUAGUAUGGCCGAUGGAGGAGAUCGGGUGGUUACCCAAGCAUUAA